AUGACUAGUAGAACUGGAAAAAAAAAUUUUAAAAAAGCUGUCAGUGAAGAAACCCCUAUUGAAAUAAUUUUGAUUAAUAAAAUUAGUGAUCACAUUUCAGAUGAAAUUAGUAGAUUAAAAUAUGAUACUACACUUUCUUCUACUUUUUGUGUUAAGCUUAAUGAAGCUACUCUUAACACUAUCAGCACAGAUGUUAGAGUAAUAGCCAAACUGAUUGUUGAUAAAAUUGAGAAAG